UCAGCAAAACAGUAACUUUGAAUCUAAAAUGAAUAAAUUUUCUUUCAUUGCGAUGGAGGAGCCCAAACACAAAGUGGAAAGCUCCUUGACUGACAAUGCUCGUGCCAGAAUAGGCACAUUUGCUCUGACAGGCAUUGGGCGGGAAAGUUAUUCUUCACUCUUUUCUGGGAAGGGGAAGAAAUUUGCUGAUAAAAGGAAUGUACCUGGUAUUAGCAGUGGUGCUGUUCAUGAACCAAAGCAAAAUAAAGGUGCUUUUGAGGAUGUAUUCUGUGUAUCUCGUAGUAAGCAAACACAGGUUGGAAAUAAUUUGAACAUGGUUUAUGCAGGCACUGCUCAUGAUGGAUCCAGGUUAGAGGAUUUUGGAAAAGCAAGGAAUAAUGAAAUAAUGAUUGGUUAUAACAACCAUGCCCGACCUACUGAGGAUUUCCUGACUGGACUCACAUGGAAAAGCGAUGAAGGAAAUGUCCUGCCGAGUGGCUUGGCCAAUUCUUCAUCUCAAUUGUUGCAAUCAUCUGGUUAUUACCCAACAUUCGACCUGAUGUCACAUAAGGUUGAAGGUGAGCCGUUCAACAUUAGUGGGAAGUGCCACAGCGUAUCAGGUUUUGAAGGGCUGAGAUCAGAUAGCAUAGAACAUGUGGAAUAUAAUUUUCUGACUGCUCAACCAAGUUCCCAUUCAGGAGACUCCAAGGUAUCGUCAUUUGAUUCAGAGAUGGUACUAAAGUUUGAUUCCUCUGAUUGGCUUGGAAAGGAAGCUUUGCCACUGUUGCCCAAGGUAGCUGGCAGACAUCAGGUCCCUACCUAGUGUUCCUGGUGCGGAAAUAAGUUUUAUCAUGAGGCUAUCAACAUUGGGGAGCAGAGAAGCUCAAUGGUUAUCUGUGCCAACUGUCGGGCUAGGUUCUCUAGGAACCAUGAUUUUAUGUAGCAUUUCUAUGAUCACACCAGCCUGUAUGAGGGACUGCAUCUCGCAUGUGUGAUUUCUAAGGUCUGUGAUAUAAGACAGCAGCCGACACCAGAUGGAAGGCUGAACCAGUCUGCCGUGGGUUCAUCACAUUAUCCUCAGGUGUCCUUGCAUGAGGCAGGGUUUGCAGU